CCACACCCUCCCCGAUUCAAACCGUCGCCGCCGUCGCCGAGAGAGUCGUGAAUCCUGACUCCCCCAGCGGCGGCCUGCGACUGCGACCAACCCGUUCCCCAGUCCUCUCGCCUCCGCAGUCCGCAUUUGCGCCCAUCCCGUCCCGUCCCCUCUCCCUCGCCGAGGCCCGUGAGCUGAGCAGCCUCGGGAGGGUCGUCGUCCACCCGGCCGCGGCGGCGGCGGUUACGAAGCGGGGAAUUUCGGCGCGGGAUGCCACGAUCCCCGCAGUGAUGUGCGGAUCGGAGGGAGUAUGGGUGUGACCCAGUCGGGAAGUAGUGGAGACUGCUGGAGGACUAGGGCCUUGAGUGGGAGCUGCGGCCACGACGAUGUACGUCGCGCGGGAGUCUACCAAGCUGUGGAGGAGGGUGUGCGCGGAGACGACGGCGGAGCUGCAGCUUCUGUUCGAGAAGUGGCAAUUGCUCCUUGCAGGGUUGGUGUUUCAGUACAUCCAUGGAUUGGCUGCUCGGGGAGUACAUUACUUGCAUCGGCCCGGACCACUGCUCCAGGACUUGGGAUUUAUGGCCCUUCCAGAGCUUGGCCAAGAGAAAGGUUAUCUUAGUGAGACCGUAUUCACUUUCAUCUUCAUUUCCUUUCUGUUGUGGAGUUUUCACCCUUUUAUUUAUCAUAGCAAACGCUUCUACACAGUUCUACUAUGGCGAAGGGUGCUGGCAUUUCUAGUUGCUUCACAGUUUUUAAGGAUUAUGACAUUCUAUUCCACUCAACUUCCUGGCCCCAAUUUUCACUGUCGUGAGGGCUCAAAACUGGCCACUCUCCCACCACCAAAUAAUGCACUUGAAGUGCUCCUGCUUAACUUUCCUCGUGGAGUGCUUUUUGGUUGUGGUGAUCUGAUAUUUUCAUCUCACAUGAUCUUCACCCUAGUUUUCGUGCGCACAUACCAUAAAUAUGGCUCAAACAGGUUGAUUAAGCUCCUUUCUUGGCUGAUGGCUGUAAUUCAGAGUCUUCUUAUAAUUGCUUCUCGCAAGCACUACACUGUGGAUGUUGUUGUUGCUUGGUACACUGUUAAUUUGGUUGUGUUCUUUAUUGAUAAGAAGCUGCCAGAAAUGCCAGAUCGUACAAAUGGAUUAUCUUUGCUUCCAGUAAGCAUAAAGGAUAAAGACGGCAAGAUGAAGGAAGACCUCCAUAAACUUGAGAAGGACGGGAGGAUGAUGGAUGAGUUCCAUAAAUUGUUAAAUGGGAACACUGUCGAUGCUACAGAUUGGCGGCAACGAGUGCAGAUGAAUGGAAAGCAUGGAGAAGACACGAACCACACUGUCUCUGAUGCCACCCCUACUGGGACAUGAUGGGUAGCUUUUCUUUGUUAUAUUGUCUAAAACAUCCACAGGGGAGUCUGCGAGGAAAAAGAAAAUUGCGUCCUGUGCCUUUGUAUCACUGUAUAUGAAAGGCUUGUCAGGUACCCGCAAGGCUGCAACAGCAUUUUGUUCUGCUCUCCAUGGCACGAUUGACAGAUAAAUUAGGUGUUGAAGAUUUGAAGUCGUGGUAGAAACUGUAAUAGAUUCAGAAUCUCGUGGCUUUUCUCAGAGGCCGCAGCCACAGUUUUGCAUCCUUAAGACUUUUCAGAACAGAUGAUAUUAGAGAGAGAAAUUGAUGUUUGAUGUAAAUAUCAAUUAGAUUCAUCUAGUUCUCAAUCCAAAAAAAAAACCCUAUUCAUUUGUGGUCAUGAGUAAUGACUAAGUUGUUCAGUUCGCGAAA